AUGAGUCGUGUGCCAGGGGCCAAAGAUCUUGUCAUUAGAGUUUUCUUAUCUGUUGAUCAGAAACUGCAAGUGAACCAACAUUUUCUGGAGAUUGUUAAAGAUGAAAGUUACUCUUCAGAGUUUCCAUACAAAUCAAAGGCCAUAUUGCUGUUUCAAAAAAUUGAAGGCGUAGACGUUUGUCUUUUUUGCAUGUACGUCCAAGAAUAUGGUUCGGAAUGUCCAUAUCCAAACAAUCGUCGUGUCUGUCUUUCAUAUGUUGAUUCUGUCAAGUACUUCCAGCCUGCGAUUAAGUCUAUUACUGGGGAGGCUCUCCGUACUUUUGUAUAUAGUGAAAUUUUGGUUGGAUAUCUUGAGUAUUGCAAAAGAAGAGGGUUUAUGAGCUGUCAUAUAUGGGUCUGUCCUCCUACGAAAGAAGAUGAUUAUAUUUUGUAUUGCCACCCAGAGAUACAAAAGACCCCAAAGUUGGAUAGACUACGUCAAUGGUAUCUUGAUACGAUACAAAAGGCUACAGAUGAAGAUAUUGUAGUGGAGCAUACUAAUAUGUAUGAACAAUUCUUUGUGCGUACUGGUGAAAAGAAGGCAAAGGUGACCUUGACUUCUGUGCCAUAUUUUGAUGGGAAUUACUUUUCUAGAAGGGCAGAGUAUAUUAUUGCUAAUAUUGAUAAAGAAGAUGGUGAAAAACGACGAAAGAGUGGAAAAACACCAGCUUCAAAAGUGGCUCCGAAAUAUUCUACCCAAGCUAUUGUUGCAAAUGAUACUGCAAAGUAUUUCGUUUGCCAGCUUGGAGAUUCCAUUAGUAAGAAGAGGGAGGAUUUUAUUGUGGUUCACAUGCAGCAUGCAUGCAAGUACUGUGGUGAAUUUGAAUUAUCUAGGAAGCUCCGGGUUUGCAUGUUGUGUGAAAAUUUCUAUCUUUGUGAGAAUUGUUAUGAGGCCAAACAAAAUGUUGAUUGCAAUAAUCGAAUUCCCUGUAAUAGAAGGGGAAAGCAUUCGUUUUCUCUUGUCGAGAUGAAUGAUCCUCCUUCAAGCACCAAGGACAAGGAUGGUGUUUUGUAAAGUGAAAUAUUUUAUACACCACAAGCCUUCUUAGGCUUCUGUGUAGAUAAUCAUUUACAGUUUGAUACCUUACGCCGUGCAAAGCAUUCCUCUUUUGUGAUCAUUGAUACUCUUCAUGACAAUUUCUGCAAGAGCUUACAUUGUCAGCCACUGAAGGGUCAAGUGGAAAAUAACGAGGUGAGCAGAAAAGGGGUUUGUUGAACAUUCCUGUUAAAAUAUGUUGCUAAGUUGAAUCACUAUAAAGUUGAGAAAGGACCCAUUCUGGGGUUUCUAUGUAUUGAUAAAUAUGUAGUUAGUUACAUUUUGUUUUACCAUGGGCAAAGUA